UUACACUUGGCACAAUGCAGUCAGGCAAGUACAGUUCUCCUGGAACUGCCAAACCCAGACACAUCCAUUGGAUUGCCAGACAGAGAAGCAUGAUUCAUCACUCCAGAGAACACAUCUCCACUGCUCUAGAGAUCAGUGACUGCAUGGAGUUGCUAUUGUUCCAAGCUGUUUCCACUUUGUUAUAAUACCACUAACAGUUGACCGUGGAAACUUCUUAGCAGCAAGGAAAUUUCACGGAUGGACUUAUUGCACAGGUGGCAACCUCUCACAGUACCACACUUGAAUUCACAGAGCUCCUGAGAGUGACCCAUUCUUUCUCAAAUGUUUGUAGAAGCAGUCUGAAUGCCUAG